AUGGCAUUAUUUCUGUACAGUUUCCUUGCUCAGAUGAAUACGUCAACGUCUUCCGGUUACUCUGGUUUGAGUUCCCCUGUUAUGAAGUCAAUGGCUGAGGAGUAUCUUUCUGAUAUUUCCUUCAGUACAAUUGGAGCAUUAACCGGAAUAUCAGAAUUUGUUAUUAUACUUGGAACAAUUAAAAGCUUUGCUUCAGAAGACUCAUGGUUUUACAAUGCAUGUAAAACUUGCAACAAAAAGGUUUUUACCAACACUAUUUCCAAGGCCAAGGAAGAUGGUAGCGAAGGAUAUGAUGAAGUAACUGUCUUGGAAUGCCAAACUGAUCGGUGCAAUAAAAGGACAGUUGUCUCUGUUCCCAGGAUAAAACUGCUUAUUCGUGUUCAGGAUUGUACCGGGAUUGUUACUUUGACGUUGUUUGAACGUGAAGUUGUUAAACUCCUAAAUGUUAACGCAAACCAACUUUUGGAUAAUAACAUGGAGUUAGCAAGCGAAGGCAAUUUUCCGAGUGAGCUGAGGGCAUUGAUAAACAGGAGGUUUGCGUUUAAGAUAGCCAUAGGUUCGUUUAAUAUAAAUAAGAAAUUAGAUGGCUACUCUGUUUCGAAGUUGACCGAAAAUCCUUCUAUCAUCAAAGAUCUUGAUGCUGCUGAUGAUGAACCUUUAGGUCCUCAUGCUUCUAAUCCAACUCCAAUUGUUAACGUUAACAUCCAGGAUUCUGUUUCCCGUGUCGUUGAUGAAGACACUCCAAUGUCCAAUUUGAACAACAGCAUCUUUACUACACCAUUUGGAGCUCAUAUUAGUUGUUCUUCAAAGAUGCUGGACAAUGAGCUGAAGCGCAAUUUGGAGGCGGUUUAUGAUGUGGAUAUUUGUUCUUCUCAGUCUUCAACUAAACCGCGUCAGGGUGAUUGUGAGAACAAUGAAGGUUUGAAGAUGAAAGCAAAGCUGGAAGAUUAG